CGGGCUUCUCGCUCCAUCGACCGAUCUCUUCCCAAACUUUCCGUGCCAGGGCUUCCUGAAGCUUCUGUUCCGUAUGUGUCCCGAGGGCGACAACAGAAACUAAACAGAAGACACUCAAAAAUAUGCAAAAUAAACCAUGGUACCGGUGAGCGAGCAGGCGGACGGACCUCUGACCCCGUCCCCCACACAGGAGCAAGUUUCCCACAAGGACUCCCGGGGGAACCGAUCCGCGUAAGUUUGGAUGAGAUGGAGAGUAAGGGCCCGAUUUUCCAGCUUUAAGGAAGGCGAUUUAGACCCGGUGCAUUCUGGUUACUUUUACGCAUGCCCUUUAUUUUUAUGAUUAAAGGGCUAUUCUGACUUUUAGGACGCGUACGUGGCACCGAGGAGAGCAGAUAUGGUUCAUUUGCAUCUCGAACUUUUCAUAACAGCUCUAAAAUGAAUGAUGCCUGAAUGUGUCCUGAAGCUCUUUAAUGCACCACUUGCAGAAAUGAUGUUUGUUUAGUCUUCCCUGUGUAAUCAAUGUGUUGUUAUGACUCCUCGGUGUUGUGCAGGUAAAGAGAUAACAGUGUCUUCUUCUUGUGCAACAGGUCUGAGAGUGAGAAUGGAGGAGAGAAGAGACAAGGAGGUUCACCUACAGGCCUCCAGCUGAGUCUGGACCCAGAGUCAGAGAUCUCAGAGAGCAGGAGGAAACCAGCCGGCAUGAGGUGAACAAGGUUAUAUUGUUCUCAGAGUGACUGCUGCAUACAGUAAACACAAGUAACUGAAAGGAUCACUUCUCAGUUGGCUUUUUUAUCCUAACCGGGUCCUAAUGGAGUCUGAUUUGGCUCUCUCAAUGCAGGAUUUGUAAGUUUCUCCUCUUUUAAGUUUAGUAUUUGUACUCUAAACCUGAUUGCUGCACCAAAAUAAUUCAUUUGAACGUAUUUUGUGAGUUUCUGACAAACUUUUUUGUGCCUCUUUCUAACAGAUAAUUACGUUAAUUAACAGUAUGAUCUUCUUUUUGGUUUGUUUAAUCUCCUAUUACACUCAGAGGUCUAAUUUCAGUCAUGUGAACAAGAAUUAACACCCACAUCACUUCUCAGUUAGACUUUCAAGGCGUUUUUUAUCCAAACCGUGUCGAAAUGUCUCUCUCAAUGCAGGAUUUGUACGUCUCUCCUCUUCUAGGUUUAGUAUUUUUACUCUAAACCUGAUUGCUGCACCAAAAUAAUUCAUUUUAACUUAUCCUGUGAGUUUCUGACAAACUUUUUUCUGCCUUUUCUAACAAAUAAUGAAGUUUAUUAACAGUACGCUCUUCUUUUUGGUUUGUUUAAUCUCCUAUUAAAGUCAGACGUCUAAUUGCGAUCAUGGGAACAAGAAUAAACACCCACAUCUAAACCACAGAAAGACACACACACAUACCAGUUUGGCAUUAGAUUCACAUUCAAAAAAGCACGUAUUAAAGAAAGAGUGUAUCUUAAAGAGUGGAAAUGAACUGUUUGGGCUGUUCCUUUAAAGACCACUGUGUAUAAAUGUUUUUAAGUACUUUUACAAGCAGUCUUUGUGUGAACUUUAUCAUUCUGAGAAAAUCUAAAAGACCCUGUAGUAAUUUUACGAGCAUAAAAAGGGUUUAAUAAAGAAACUGUUGUUCACGGAGAAUAGAAAUUUGGAUUUAAGCAAAAAAAAAGUUAGUCUCCAGACUCGGCGGAUGUGAAGGUGACACAUUAGUUUUGCAAUAACAUUCAGCAACAACAUGAGCUUCAACUGUGUGGAGGUUGUUCAAAUGUCAGAGACGGACAGUAGACGCAUUAUUAAGUGUCUGUUUUUGACCAAGAAUACAUUCAUGGUGGACUCGAAUGCUGACUUCCAAAUUAGGAGUAACAGGCAAACUUUGUAAAGAAAAAAGGGGGAUUGGUGUUUGCGAUAUAUAACAUUUUUGCUGGUGUAAAAUCCUUACAUUGUAAAAAGUUGAAACUCCAGUGAGGAAGUUUGUGUCGAUUUUGGCGCCCCCUGUGGACAAAAUGAUGCCCUUGCAAUUGUCUUUUUUGUGCUAAAGACAGUCUCAUUAUGCUUUCUGAAAAUGGUCAAAUGUGCUCUCACUAGACAAUUUUGCGGCGAGUGGUUUUGCUAGUUCAGACACAACAUGAGGUGAUCGUUUCUGUCACACAACAAUGAUGUUAGCAACUUAUUGACUAUAGCAGCAAAUCUGGUGUGUAUAAGUAAGUGCCAUGACAUCGAUAACACUGAUUAUUUAGUGGACCAAACAUCUGCAGUGUUUACAUUAGAAAUUCUCAUUGCAAGAGAUGAUAAAUGGACUUAACUCACCUUUUGUGGACAGUUUUUGAAAGACAAAAUCAUGACCGACAACAAAAACACAGUGCCAAACUUUGAUAGAAUCUUUUAUUUGCUAUUAUAAACAUAAAAAACACUAUAAUAGGGCCGUGGCUAUGUACUGGUAUUCACCAUAACAGUCUUUUUAAUGAAUAUAAAUAUAGAUAUUUUGCUGACUGGUUGCCUCAUGUCAAAUAACAGCAGAGGUGAAGAAGAAGCAGCAGCUGCUAGCAAGCUAGCCGUAGCAGCCCGCCUAAGAGCCGAUUCUGCACUUUUAAAGCUGAUAUUCAAGAUAAAUAGUGAAUCAAAGUGAUCAUUUAACUGUUUUCAUUCAGUUCUGUGACUAAUCUAGCAGAUUUACCUUAUAUUUCAAAAUAAAAGAACAGUUUAAAACUCAAGGCAGGAAAAAUAUCAAAAUAAAAGCAUGACAAACAAUCAAUUAAAGAGGCAAUGAAGCUUUGUUGACAGGGAUGGAGUCGUGAAGUCAGUCGUGUCAACAUCAUUAGACAUAGUCGAUGACAUGUGAGUUAAUUAAAUUAAUAAGUGAAGUUUAUGAAGUUAUGUAUUGCUCAACACUCGUCUUAGUUUGACUGACUGUGAAGUUUUCCAAAAAUGUUGUUGCCAUAUUUUGUGGUGGAGAUAACCUUGAGGUUAAGAUCUGACAUCCCGACAGCCCUGGAAAGUAUGAAUAAUGUUAAUAUGUGUGAAAAACUCUAAAGAAAAAGAUGUAAAAGUGCAUCUUAAAAAGAGAAAAGAGAGUUAGAAACAGUAAAAUAAUGUGAAAAGAUUGAAAAUAAAGACCAAAACAGAGAAAUGAUCAGAGCUUCAAACAGGAGUAUAUCUCUGUAAUUUAACCUAACUGCUGCGCCUGCAUGACCAAAGUGCUGUUUACUGAUUUCGUCGUUGCUGUGUAAGCUGUCCUGGAGUGACCACAGGUGACACUAUGCAAAUCAAACUGCAGGACAGCAACAUACGACUGAUUCAAAGUGAUGUAAUCUGUGUGGAUCAGUCCGAGCGAGGACGUUUUAUCAGGAGUUAUAACGCUUUACGGCCCCGCAGGAGUUCAUAUAUGUGUCACCUGUCCUCCUCUCAGGUGUACGGUUGCUACUUAAACAUUAACAGCCACCUUUUAUUUGCCAGAUUAAAACCUGCGGAGCAACUUCCAGCGGCACAGAGUCCAAGUGACUGUGAGACAAAGUCUGAAAGGAAGAAACCCCAGCCCAGCCAAGCGGGGGCAAGUCUGUUCCCACACUUUCAACCAGGUUUAAUGCAAAUUUAACAAGUUUUUGCAGGUUUCUCAGCGAAAAAAAUAUCUGCUCUGUUCCUCCUGUAGCUAUCAAAGACACACACCCACUUUCAUAAGUUAUUCAAGGAGGUCAGCAAAGAUGAGCUCCUCAAGCAAAGUGAGUGUCAGAUUCAUUUUUUCACAUGAAUGCAAGAAAAAAUGAGGAACUGCCGCUCUAAACGUGAAGCCUGUCUCGUUUUUUUGCCAACAGGUUACACGUGUGCCCUCCAGAGAGACAUUUUAUACCAGGGAAAAAUGUACGUCUCUGAUAACUGGAUCUGUUUCUACUCCAAAGUCUUCGGCAGAGACACAAAGGUGCGACACAGUGACAACAAUCACCGCUCAUAUUUUGGAGCUUGUUACAUGUUUGUAUUUUAACCCCUAGAUUUCAAUCCCGGUGGCGUCUGUGACGUUCAUCAAAAAGACAAAAACUGCGUUAUUAGUGCCAAACGCCCUCGUGAUAGAAACCUCCAGCUAUCAGGUAAGAAGGCUGGUCUCACGAUUAGUCCUUUCCCUUUAAAUUAUAAGCAUUUACUCACUCCGAAUUAUUGUUUUCCAGCAUGUGUUUGUGUCCUUCCUCUCCCGAAACACCACCUACAAACUCCUGAGGUCUGUCUGCGUUCAUCUGGAGGUAAAUCACGCUAAGUUUUAAAACCUCCUUUUUUUGAACAGAUAAAUUAAGAGUAAAAAUCUUAGACCUUCAAACAAACUUCUAACACGUCUUCAUACUGGAGUUUGUUUUAAGGUCUAACACAACCAUGCUGUAACAAUAAAGGCAUUUUAAUUGUUUAAACAGAGAGUGCCUUGGAUUUUUCCUGUGAUUGUUAUGUCAACAACAUCUCUAUGUCAGACUGUAGAAGCACUCCGACUCCUGCAGGAUUGACUAUUUCUACAAAUGAUUAAAAUGUCCUUUAAAACGCCGAGUAUCUUCAGGUUCUGCUUCAUAUCACAUUAAAUAAAAAUAUUUGCACUCAGGUCUGUUUGCUCAACAAAAACCAGUUUGAAGGGUUCACCUCUGGCUCUGAGAGAAGCUUGUGACCCAUUUAGAGUCUCCACCAUCGCACAGGAAACAUAAAUAGGGGCAGAUUUAUAUCGAUGGUAGAGAGAGAGACUGGAAAAAGGGGGGCACACAAACAGUCUGGGAUCUGCCAAGUGACAAACAGACAUAAAAUUAAACCCCAGACACAGGCACAGUGAACGGACAGAUGUUUCCCUCAGGUGGGGUCCUUUUCUCUUUAAACUUGAGGACUGAGGUUGCAGAGUGUUUAAAGACCCACUCCGAUGAAAAUCAUGUUUUUCUUGUUGUCUACAUGUUAACACAGCAUUUUUCUGAUGCUACAGGACAUAUCAUGAGAAAAGUAAGUGCCAAAUUACAUUUCAGAGUAUUUCUGCAUUCAAAUCACUCAGUAUGUUUACAUGACACUCAAGAAAACCAAAUUAUUUCUUUAUUGUUAUUAAGACCAGACAACUGAAAGUGCAUGUAAACACCUUAGUCUGACUAUAAUCAGAGUUUGAGAACUCAGAUCGUAGUUGGAGAACUCAGAUUAAGACACCCAGAUUAUGCGAUUAGAAUUUUUCUCUACAAUGCAACCUGCAUAAUGAUAAGACCAUGCAUGAUCAAAAACACCAGAGAAGAGGAGUGGUGUACAUCUAAUCUGCAGAAAAAGUAGCGCAUACAUCAUGUACGACAAAAACAACGCUGUACAAUGCUCCACCUUCUUGCUCGAAAAUGAUCAGCAGCAGUUGAAGACACUUCUGACUUCUGGCAUGGACCUGCUGUUGCUGUUGACAGUUGUUGUUGGAAACAGCGCCACUGAAAAGAGCCAUAUUGACCCCUAGUUAUGGGGAGGACACGUUCACGUCAAUAAUUUAAUUUUCUCAGCUGCAUGUUUAUGCGGACAAGGAGAGAAGUCUGAUUUCAGCGAAAUGAACGAAUCAUGAGAUUAGUCUGAUUAAGCUGUGCAUGUGAACGCACUGACUGUGAAUCUCUGGCAGACCCAAACAGCAGGGUCAGAUAAAGGUGAGAUUUCCUAUGUCACAAAUCCAAGUUCCGCCCCCAGAGCCCCUUUAGACUCAGGUAGAUAGAGAGGACAAUAAGCAGAACAUGGGCUUUCUUAUGAUAAUGCUCAUAAGAAAGAUAAUUAUGAUAUAGCUUUCAUCAUGUCCCUAAAGACAUUAGUGUCCGAGAGCUGAAUAGCUCCUAUGUUACCUGAGGAGUGAAGAGGAGUGUGCAGGGCAGUGCUGACUCCACCCACGACUCAGAGGUGAAUUGCUAAUAAGCUACUAGAUCUCUGCAGAAGAAAAGCUCUUAAAAAUGACACAGGUAAUGUGAUUUAGAAUAAAAACUUCAAGUAGUAAAAAAAAAAGAUCUGAGUGGGACUUUAAGAUAAGUAGGUCACAUGCAGAUAGGUCUCUUCGGACAAAAUGUACCCUCAAAAUGAAAAUUAAAACAUUAAACUUGCUGCCCUUAACCACAUCAGAUUGCACUGCUUCAGAUAGAGGAUGUGUUUUUUUUACUGUAUAAACUCACAAGUGUAUACUCUUUUGUUUCAGGUGGAUAAGGCCUGUGGCAGCCCCACUAACUCCUCCUGUGAGAACAGCUUCAGGGUGGACUGCCCGUCCGAACUUCCUCUGGUCAGUCUGUCCUCUUUUUCUGUGUUUUUGUACAAAACGUCCUGACCGUGCACAAGCAGAUUUAAAAAAUAUUUUCCUGUAAGAUGAAAGACCUCCAGAGUGGCCUCGUGCUCAUGCUAUACAACCCCCCUCUCUGCAUGUGGCGCCUAUUGUAUAUAUCAUCCUGUAUGUGCUCUGCAGGACUUUUCUGGAGACUUCUCUGACCUCGACGGUGUCGUUCAACAGAGACGGGAGGAGAUGAUGGAGAGCAGCAGCUCCGGGUCCCAAACGCCAGAUUAUGACAAAAUUACAGGUCUGUGCUCCACCCUCAACGCUUCAUGUAUUAUUCUGUGCUCUCAAAGCAGCUGCAUUCAUAAUCUAAUCUUGCUUGACACACUUUUUUACCAUCUCAUAAUUUGCCCAGCGUGUCAGGUAGCGCUGCGGCUCAGACUGUCUUUGGUUUGCAAAUAUUUGGAGAGGAGCCAAAGGGAAACUGGAGCUCCUGAGACUUUGUCGUAACAGAGACAGUUUGCACAAAAGCAGCGGCGACUGUUGAAUGACAUCUCAAGCUUAUUGUAAAAUAGGACAGCUUUUUAAUCUCACAUGAGGAUAACCUUUCUCUUCAGUCUGUGAGCGAUAAUGUUUACUGGGCAGGAGGCGGCCGGAGUCACGGGGAUCUGUCUGUUUUUGUUUGAGUAGACUUCCCUGACCCGUUUCUAAGCACGGUGAAGACCGGGGAGGUUUCGGUCCACGCGGACAUCCACCUGCAGACACCAAGCCAAAUACACGGAGGCGCCCUUAAAAACGGUAGUUUAACACCGGACCUUUUUAAGCAUAAUGAAGCUGUAGAAACCUAUGAAAGAGGAUUAGAGCCACAAGAGAAAAAAUGAUUACAGGAGGGAAGAUUUUUUUAAUUUCCAUUUUGAGAUUAAAGUUGAAAUUUUAAAAAGUCAAAAUUUAGACUUUAUUCAUGUCGAUUUUAGUCUCAAAAUUUUGAAUUUAAUCUCAAAAUUACAAUUUUUUAAAUCUCAAAAUUUCAACAUUAUUCACGACAAUUUGUGAUCUUGAAAUUUCAACUUUAAUCUUGAAAUUUUAAUUUUUAAUCUCAAAAUUUUGACUUUAAUCUCCUUCCUGUUAUUAUUUUUUUCUCUUCAUGUGGCCUUAAUCCUCUUUCAUAGAAACCAGUAAAUGAAUCAGUCUCAAAGCUGUCUUUUUAAAGGAACAGUUCAGAAAUGUUUUCCAACCUUUAAAUUAUCAUCUGCUAAUUGCUGAGAGUAAGUAAAGAAUAAUGAAAAUAAAUGCUGAGGUAGCGAAAAUGAAGGCCCCCUGGUUGGGGGAAACAUCUUGCUCCAUUGAAAGUUAAAACCUUUUUUAUAAUACAAAAAGUUAACUUUACCCUCAAUAAAGAGUUAAUUAAUAAAAGUGUCAGUUAGUGAGAUUUUCCUUUGCUGGUUUGUUAGUUCUGACAGAGUAUUAAAGCCACAUUAAAGGGAAAUAAUAACAUGAAUAGUGUCAUAAGAAAAUGAAGUUGUAUUGUUAAAAGAUUAAGUGAUAUUGUCAUAAAAAUAAAGUUGUGACAAAGUCAUAACCCUAUGAGGAUUUAUUUGUUGUAAAGCCAUUGUGUUGUGAAAAUAAAGUUGUUAUUAAAUGUGAUCAAAGUCAUAUUGUUAUGCGAGUAAAAUCACAACAAAGCUGUAGUAUUACUUUAUGUGUUUAUAAGUGUCUGCUUAAAUUGUACUGAGGGUUUUUCUGUUGACAAGAAACUUAGUGUUUCGUCAUAACAGCGUUAUGAGGGUAAUCGUUUGCUAAAGUUAUUUUACGACACAUAAUGACUUUUAUUUUUCUAACAUUACAACCUGAUGUUCUUGGACUUUAAUCUGGUAACAUAAAGACUCUUUUCUUGAAGUACAAAAAGAAAUUCUUUCUUUCAUGUUGCUCUAAUAGUUUGUCAUGUUUUCCCUGUGAAAGCUUUUGGGUUGUGUCGACUUUGGCGCCUCUAGUGGAUGAAUGGAGAAGCUUUUCCUCGGUUAUGUAUAUGAGAAGAAAAAAAACAACAUUUUAAACGUCAUAUUUGGGGGUAAAAAGAAUAAAACUAUUGACACCUGUUUGCUUUUCAUCACCUCAUCGGACUCCUCUCCUGCAGCAGAAUUUUGAGGCAUUAAAAAUAACCAUACAUACAUAUUAUGUCUUUCUAAACCAUGUAAAUGCAUCUGUAUCAUUCAAUCUGUUUCACAACCAGCCAAAAACUCCUCACAGGAGCUUUAAGCUGCAGUUUUUACUCCUUUUUUGAUUAUCCACCUAACCUCCUUAUUUAUGCUUCACUCUGCAGGAUCUCCUAAAACAAACCUCAAAGACAAACCCUCUCAGCCCAUGUCGUUACACACCAUCCUCCUCAUCUAUUUGUUUUUGUGAGUAACCUUUCAUUAUGUGGAACACGAGAGGCCUCAGCGCUCCGGCGAGACUAUUCACAAUUCAUAUCGUGUUCGCGAUUGUUCAGGGUGUUUGGUGCUCAAAUAGUUGUAUGUGUGUAUGUGUGUCGUCACAGGGUCAGCGUCCUCGUCCUGUCCUCCUGCUACAUGGCCUUCAAGAUUGUGGCUCUGGAGCAUCGUUUGAACUCGCUGGUGUCCGUGGGGGAACACUUUCGGACCGAGUAAGAGAAAUGAGAUUGCUUUCAGGCAGUUGUUUAUUAUCUCCAAAACAACCACAGUUUUGGUAAAGGUCUUUGUCAAAAUGUUGUUGCAGUCACGCCGUGAGCCAGAGGUCGCAGAGCGAGGCGAAUGCCGAGAUCUAUGGAGAGUUGUCCAACAACUUGUUCAAGCUAGAAAAGGUUUGUGAAGUUUUGAUGAUUUUGAAAUUUAAAAAUAAAAGCUUUUUUUAAUGUGAGAAACUCAAGAUGGUAAAAAUGUCAAAAUAAAAGCCUCACAAAUACUCGGUUUUUGUUAAAAAAAGUUUUGGGCUGGUGACGUAAAUGAAACAUUGUCAGAAUUAGACGAUCACAUGUACGUUUACGAAGUUACAUGUCUCUUAACUCUUUCCUUUAUUUGUCUGACUGUGUUGUUUUUUUUUCCAUUAAUAUUGUGAUCACAUCAUUAACAUGACAUUCUAAGACUACAGUUUUCCUGAGUUGAGAAUGUAGGAUGGAGUAUUAGGUUUGCAUUAAGAAAAAGAAAAAUGUAGUCUUCGAGACUGUCAUCUUAAACAACAGGUUAGAAUAUAAGGACUUUAUAAAAACUUUAUCCUCGUAAGUAAUGAUUUUAUUACGACUUUAUUCUCGUAAACAAUUACUUCAUUAUGACUUUUUUAAUCCCAAGAUUUUGAUUUAAUUCAUGUAAUUUCAGUUUUUUUUUAUCUCGAAGUUUGGACUUUAAUUUUGAAAUUUUGAUUUUUUUCAUUUUGACUUUUUCAAAUUUCCACUUUAAUCUCGAAAUGGAAAUUUAAAAAAUCUCCUUCCUGUAAUUAUGUUUUUCUCUUCUUGUGGCCCUAAUCCUCUUUCGUAAGAAUUUGACACUUUGACCGCCAUGAUUCAAAGCUGAAAUAAUAUUUUAAAAUGGGGAAUCCAAACGUCUGGGCGAAUGAGCGUAGUUGGGCUUAGUUUAGCUAACUGUAAACUUUCUUAAAAAUAAACAGACAUUAACGUUGUGUCAGUCUCAAAACUAAUAAGGGAUCAUUUAAAAGAAAUGUAAACCCUCACCUGUUCUGUAGUUCACAUGCUGAUCCCUAAAAUGAUUUUAAAUGUCUUUUUAAUGUGUUUCAGAUUCAAAGAAACCUUCAGAAACUGCUUGAGGAGACUUAAAGCAGCUUCACCUCCUCCUGUAAAAUGUUGAUUUUUCACUGAAGACGACCUUUGGUGAUUGACUUGUUGCCAAAGCGUGGUCAGCUGAUCAGAAAGCUUCUUAAACUGUUUGAACUUUGAACUCUUAAAUUGUGCAAUAAUAGCUUUUUUUUGCUUGUCUCCUGUCUGAAGUGGCCUGUUAGUGAGUCAGUGUUAGAGCAGAGUAUUUAAUGUAGUAUUUAUGUGAGAGCUUAGAUUUUUGCAUUUCACAGCGGUGGGAUUUUUAUCAUUCAAAGGUCUUUAUUUCAAUGUUCUCCAAACAUUUCUGAAAAGGUCAACUUGAGCUGUUUAAAUGAUUUAUUUUUGAAUGAAUCUGAUGCCAAUGAGUUUUAUUUAUGUCAUGUAUAUAAAACACUCAGCGAGGGAUGUUUGUAAAAUAACUUUUAACUAAAUUUAAAGCUAAUGUCCUUGGGGAUAUUUUAAUAUAAAUGGUGAAAACAUGACUUUAAAAGGCAUUUUUACUGUAAAUGUAGCACAGUCUGUACAUUAUUAAUCAUUUGGAGUACAGAUUUAGUCACGUUUCUUACUGAAGAGCUUCUGACUGAUUAUUUUGUCUCUUUUCUUUAUGUUUGUCUCGAUUAUUUCCACUGUGCUGGUGUCUUAAAGGAGCUAUCAGUCAUUUCAGGAGCAUUGGAAAUGCUUAAAUAUGGUGGUGUGGUGAAGUUAAACUGUGCCUUUAAUUGCUGUAAAGAAUCACAGUUCUGAAUUAAAUGUCUCCCACACAGUUUCUGUGAACCUUA